GCCCGUGGGCCGGCGCCGCGGUGAUUUGCUGCGCGGCGCGGCGAGCGGCGGCGGCGGCGAUGAGAGCGGGCAGUGCGAACUGCCGGAGCAGCCGCCGGCCGCCUCGGCACACAAAGCUAGUCCCAGAUUUGAGCGACGGCGAGGCACCCUGAUGAGUGAGCCUCGGGAGCGCCAUGGAUUUGACUAAGAUGGGCACGAUCCAGCUGCAGAACCCCUGCCACCCCACCGGGCUGCUGCACAAAGCCAACCAGAUGCGCCUGGCGGGGACGCUGUGCGACGUGGUCAUCAUGGUGGACAGCCAGGAGUUCCACGCGCACCGGACGGUGCUGGCCUGCACCAGCAAGAUGUUCGAGAUCCUCUUCCACCGCAACAGCCAGCACUACACCCUGGACUUCCUCUCGCCAAAGACGUUCCAGCAGAUCCUGGAGUACGCGUACACCGCCACCCUGCAGGCCAAGGUCGAAGACCUGGACGACCUGCUGUACGCCGCCGAGAUCCUGGAGAUCGAGUACCUGGAGGAGCAGUGCCUGAAGAUCCUGGAGACCAUCCAGGCCUCCGAGGACAACGACGCCGAGGUCGCCGUGGCCGACGGCAGCACCGCUGCCGCCACCGAGGAAGAGGAGGAGAGGAAGUCGAGGUACAUCAAGGGCCUCUUCGUCUCCAAGCCCGCCGGCGAGGAGAGCGGCUACGCGGGGCAGAGCCUGCCGGCGGCCGCGGUGGAGCAGAACCCCUCCGCCUCCGCAUCCUUCGGCCCCCUCUCCGCCAUGAGCCCCACCAAGGCAGCGGUGGACAGCCUGAUGACCAUCGGGCAGUCGCUGCUGCAGGCCGCCCUGCCGCCCGCCGCCCCCGAGGACUCGCGCCCCGCCGCCGCCCGCCGCCCCCCCGGCCUCGCCGAGGUCAAAACCGAAGCGAUGCAGGUGGACGACGCCGGCCGCGACAGCCCCCAGGCGGCAGAGCCCGGCGCCUCCGGCGGGGAGAAGCCCGACGAGAAGGGCAGGGAAGGGCCCGGCACCCCGACCCGCGGCAGCGUCAUCACCAGCGCCCGCGAACUGCACUACGCCCGUGAGGAGGGCACCGAGCCGCCGGCGGAGCCCGGCCAGGGGCUGCCGCUGGGCCCCGAGCCGGCCGCCGCGCCGGGCGAGAAGCCCCUCGGCAUCUACUCCCUGCUGCCGAACCACAAGACUGAGCCGGUGCUCGGCGUGCCGCCCUCCGUGGCGUCCGCCCUGCACGUGCAGCCGGCCCUGGCCGUGUCCAUGGACUUCAGCGCCUACGGCGGGCUGCUGCCCCAGGGCUUCAUCCAGCGGGAGCUGUUCAGCAAGCUGGGGGAGCUGGCAGCCGGCAUGAAGACGGAGAGCAGAGCCCUGGGCGAGCAGUGCAGCGUGUGCGGGGCAGAGCUGCCGGACAACGAGACCCUCGAGCAGCACAGGAAGCUGCACAGCGGGAUGAAGACGUACGGAUGCGAGCUGUGCGGGAAGCGGUUCCUGGACAGCUUGCGGCUGCGAAUGCACUUACUGGCUCACUCAGCGGGCGCCAAGGCCCUGGUCUGCGAUCAGUGCGGCGCCCAGUUCUCGAAGGAAGACGCCCUGGAGACGCACAGGCAGACGCACACCGGGACGGACAUGGCCGUUUUCUGCCUGCUGUGCGGGAAGCGGUUCCAGACGCAGAGCGCCCUGCAGCAGCACAUGGAGGUGCACGCCGGGGUGCGCAGCUACAUCUGCAGCGAGUGCAACCGCACCUUCCCCAGCCACACCGCGCUCAAGAGGCACCUCCGCUCCCACACAGGCGACCACCCCUACGAGUGCGAGUUCUGCGGCAGCUGCUUCCGGGACGAGAGCACGCUGAAGGGCCACAAGCGCAUCCACACCGGCGAGAAGCCCUACGAGUGCAACGGCUGCGGCAAGAAGUUCAGCCUCAAGCACCAGCUGGAGACCCACUACCGGGUCCACACAGGCGAGAAGCCCUUCGAGUGCAAGCUGUGCCACCAGCGCUCCCGGGACUACUCGGCCAUGAUCAAACACCUUCGGACCCACAACGGCGCUUCCCCCUACCAGUGCACCAUUUGCCUGGAGUACUGCCCCAGCCUCUCCGCCAUGCAGAAGCACAUGAAGGGCCACAAGCCGGAGGAGAUCCCCACCGACUGGCGGAUAGAGAAGACCUACCUCUACCUCUGCUACGUCUGAGGGAGGAGGCGCAGGGGCGGCGGGGCUGAGUGGCGGAGGAGGACUGGGCAAAAAAAAAAACACCAAACCCGCAGCGUCCACAGCCUUGUUUGUUUUCGGUUCUCGUUCGUUGCUUCUCGCCGGAAGGAUCCUGCGGCUCGCGCCGGGGCAGGGGGGGACGCACCGGCCCCCUUCCCCGCGCCCCCCUCCCCGGCCGCUCGUGCACCCGGGCAGCUUUUCCCCCCCCUCCCCGGCCGGCCCUUCCGUUCCUCCAUCACCACUGGUGCUGGCCGGGCAGACGGGACGGCAGAGGAACGGCGCGCUGCCCCGAGAGCACGCGUCCAGCCGGUGCUUUGGUGAGGCUCGCGUUUCGGGUGUCCUCCGUCACCGCGGAGGAGCCUGGGCUGGCUCGGCCCCCGUUUCGGGAGGGCUCCCGGGCUGCGAGAGCAUCCCUGGGGGGACCGCAGCCCGGAUGGAGAAGGGUGUUUGGGGUAGGGAUCCGGGUGCGAGCCGAGCCGGGCUGCCUCGCGGCGCUGCCCGGGCUCCGGGCGGGCACGAGGGGUGCCCGGAGGCUGCUGCCCUCCCCCCGACCAAAGACCUCUCUAUGCAUUUCCCCUUCCUCCCCCGCCUUCCCGGGGGGCCGGUUUGGCGAUGCGCGGUCGAUGCCGGUGCCGGCGUGGGUGCCGCCGGUGCGCGGCAUCGCUCCGGACGAGGGAUGCGCUGUUUUUCUGCUCAUUUGGGGUGCCUGGAAGGUGCCGAGCGUGGUUUUUUGCCCAGCCCUCAGCUGCAGGAGCCCGCGUGGGAGGGGUGCCCGGUGGCAGGCGGCUCCGCUCGCCGCUUUUUUUGCUUUUUGUUCGGUUUUUCUGAACUUUCUUUUGGAAUAUUUCCGCAUUUAGCACAUUUUACUUGAAAUUACCUCGUUUUUUUGUGACCUCAUGAGCUUUUAUUGAUUUGGGGGGGACGGGGGGCGGCGUGGUCGGGAAGGCGCGAGCUGCGUGCCCGGCGCUGGUGGCGGAGGAGCGGCACGGCGGCAGCGUCCCCGCCGGCCUCCCGUUGUGCAUUAUCCUUACCAAAACUGGUAUUUUUUGCCCGGCCCCACGGGGCCGGGGGCCUCAGUUCUGAAGCUACCUCUUGUGUUCGUUUUUGUUGUGUUUCUCCUUUGCGGUUGCGGAAGCGGGCCCUGCGGUUUUCCGUCCCCCGCGGCGCUUGCGGCCGUGGCUUUAUCUUUUUUUGUCAUUUUGCUGCGUUUGGGUGAAAAGAGGGGGGGGAAAGAGCCGGGGGGAACGGAGGGAUGCCGACGGCCCCUCUUGCUUUGGGGUGCCCGUCCCACCUCUCCCGGCGCCGAGCAGGGAUGCGGCUGCGGGAGCAGCAUCCUCCCUCGCACCCCGGUCCGGCUUUGCACGCGCGUGUGCCUCCGCGUGCGGGACCUUCGCUGCUCCGCGCAGGGUGGACGCCGCUGCUGUACAAUCCGGGAUGUGACUGUGGAGAACGGCUUGUUUAAUUGUUGUGCCUAAGGAAAACGUAUUAAAAAAGCAAAAACAAAAAAAAAAAAAAAAAAAAAACAAAAACAAAAACAAAAAAAAAAAAAAAAGGAAAAAAAAAAAUUAUAGCACCACCCCCCCACCCCCCCCGCCCAGUUCUUUGACACAGAAAGUUGCUGCAAUUUCUGGCGCGCGCGCGGUAGCUCCCGAGCCCGCAGCCGAGCUCAUGUGGCUUUUUUUGCUUUAACCCCCCUCCCACCCCGCCACCCCUCCCGGCUGCGACGGCGUCGGUGCCGGCGCGAUGCCGCGGCGCUCGCCGCCCCUCCAUAUAUAUAUAAGUAUAUAUAUGUGUAUGAUAGCAGUGAGGACCAAGCGCCCCGCAGGGCCCCGCGGCCCCGGGCUCCCCCCCCCGCCUUGUCGUCGGUGUCGUGCGCGCCCGCCUGCCCGUCCCGUUGCUCUGUGUUGCCGCUCGUGGUUCGGGUCCGUCGCUGUCCUCGUUCCGUCUACCUCAGCACCUCUCUGAGCCCGGGCGCAGAAGGUGCCCAAGUUCCCCUUUGGUUUUCUCAGAGUAUCUAUCGGCUCCUAUUUUUUGUACGACUUUCCCCCUCUCUCCCCUCGCCGUUCGCUCCCUUGCGGUUGUGCUUGCGAGUCCUCUCUGUCCUCUAGCCACAGAUGCCGUUAGCUAAAAGUUUCCUGAAAAAUAAAAAAUAAAUAAAAAAAAAACAUUAAAAAACAAAACAAAACAACAAAAAAAAAAAAAAAAAAAAAAACCAACCCAGUUGUGGUGUCUCCUAGUUGCAGCUCUCCGCAUCUGCCUUCGUCCUGUGUAGAUUCAGAUGCAUUUCUUUGUAAGACUUCAGUGUUUCUGACAGAGGAAAAAAAAGAUUGAAAAAAAAAAAAAAAAAAAAAAAGAAGAAGAAUAUACUGCUGCAGGUUUUUUUCUCUCCAUGUGUCACUAAGUGAAGUUCGUGCCUUCUAUAGCAAAGAGAAUAUUUUUUACAUCCUACUAACGGUAGAUUUUUUUGUAGUGAACAUUUUUUGUAUUUUUAUUUAUAAGUCUCAUAAGGAAAAUAGCAAUGUUCAGUUGUAUACCUUGAAUCUGCAGUUAGAAAACAAAAAAAAAAAAAAAAAACAACCAAUAAAGUUAAUUCCGUUGUCUCGGC